AUGGCCGCCGCCGGAGGCCACGAGUCCGCCGCGGGCCCGGCGCUGAACCGGAGCGCCAGCAUCGACCGCAUCCCGGCGGAGGCGCGCCGCAUCCUGCACCGCCUCGCCGGCGAGCUCUGGGGCGCCGACGUCGACCCCGCCGCGCUCGCCGUGUCCCAGCUCAAGGGCGCCCUCACCAACGAGGUCUUCCGGGUCACCUGGCCCGGCGGCGAGGGCGACCCGCGCAAGGUGCUCGUGCGCAUCUACGGCCAGGGCGUCGACGUCUUCUUCGACCGCGCCGACGAGGUGCGCACCUUCGAGUGCAUGUCGCGACACGGCCAGGGGCCCCGCCUCCUCGGCCGCUUCCCCCAGGGCCGCGUCGAGGAGUUCAUCAACGCCAGGACGCUGUCGGCCCCGGAUCUGCGCGACCAGGAGAUCUCCGCGCUGAUUGCCAGGAAGCUGCGGGAGUUCCACGAGCUCGACAUGCCUGGACCCAAGGACGUCUCGCUCUGGCAGAGGCUCAGGCGGUGGCUUGAGGAAGCUCGUAGCAGGUGCUCGGCUGAGGAGUGUAAGGAAUUCCGGUUGGACUCGCUUGGCGGUGAGAUCGCAGAGCUGGAGAAAGCACUGUCGGCGGCCGAUCAGGGAGUAGUGUUUUGCCAUAAUGAUCUGCAGUAUGGGAACAUUAUGAUAUAUGAAGAGACCAGACAAGUGACCUUAAUUGACUAUGAGUACGCCAGUUUUAACCCUGUCGCCUUCGACAUCGCUAAUCACUUCUGUGAGAUGGCUGCUGAUUAUCAUACUGCUACCCCGCAUGUGAUGGACUUCACAAAAUAUCCUGACACGGAUGAACAGCGGAGAUUUAUUCAGACUUACCUUAGUUCUCCAGGUGAAAACCCAUCUGAUACAGAAGUCGAAACAUUACUUGACUCAGUUGCAAAAUACACUCUUGCAAGCCAACUCUUUUGGGGCCUCUGGGGAAUUAUCUCGGGGCACGUGAACAAAAACAUCGACUUCGAGUACAAGGAGUAUGCGAGGCAACGGUUCAACCAGUACUGGCAGACAAAGCCUAGAAUAUUACUGAAAGCCUGCAAUCCGACUUGUUGAUCAUGCACUAGAAUUUCUUUCUUUCUUCUAGUUUUAUGGUCUCUUGAGUAAGCUCCGUCGAGUCCUCUGAAUGUUGUUUCUCAGCCAAUUUUGACUGCAAAUCGUUCAUGUCAAUAGAGUGUGUUCUGUAA